AACUUUCUCACUUAGACUUGCAGUGACUUCUCUUAGAUCCAGCUUCAUCCCUUCUCGCUCUCUCUCUCUCUCUCUCUCUCUCUCUCUUGGAGUAAGAGAGUAGCUCUUCUCCAAUGGCGACGAUCCGUACUCAUCCCGUUCCCUCUUCUCCUCUACCUCUUCCUCUCCUCUUCCUCCUCCUCCUCCUCCUCCUCUUCUACGCCCCAUUCUCCGAUGCUUCGGUUCACGACUACAAUGGCGAGAGGUUCGCGGGCAUGGGCAACGCCUUCAUCCUCCACGGCGGGAGCGAGGGCCUCUACGCCUCCGUAUCAAAUCCUAACUCCACCGAGGGGAGCAAUGGUGACUCCUUCAUUCGUUUCGAUAAACUCACUUUUAAAAGACCGGAGACGUCUAAUGAGUCAGCUAAGGGAAGUGAUUCAGUGAAGGUGCACGCUAUCAUUUUUGAAGUAGAAGAUCGCGAGAUGAUUGGCGGAUCAGCCUAUGGUGGUCAGAGAGCUAUUUGUUGCACCCCAGAUCUGGCAAAAUUAGGUGCUUGUACUCAAGGUGCUGUGAUUUACCGCCCUUCCACUCAGAACCCUGACUGGCCACAAGUUCUUGUUGCUUCCUUUACUGGAAACGAUCUCACGGCAACACUGCCUUCUCGGACUGUACCUAUAACCAGAACUGGAAUGUACAACAUGUACUUCAUACACUGUGACCCGUCACUAAAUGGACUGGAGAUUGAAGGGAAAACUAUAUGGAAGAACCCCACUGGCUAUCUACCUGGAAGGAUGGCUCCUCUCAUGAACUUCUAUGGAUUCAUGUCUUUUGCCUUUGCCAUACUCGGUAUCUUCUGGUUCUCUCAGUACGCAAGGUUUUGGAAAGAGGUCAUUCCGCUUCAGAACUGCAUCACUUUUGUCAUUACUUUGGGCAUGCUUGAAAUGGCAUUAUGGUACUUUGAGUAUGCCAAGUUCAAUGAGACUGGAGUCCGACCAAUGGGGAUCACAUUUUGGGCAGUGACGUUCGGUACGAUUAAAAGAACGGUCGCUCGUGUUAUAAUUCUUAUUGUUGCUAUGGGUUAUGGUGUUGUAAGGCCUACUCUUGGUGGUCUGACUUCCAAGGUUAUUAUGCUUGGAGGCACAUUCUUUUUAGCAUCUGAGAUUCUUGAAUUAGUGGAGAAUGUUGGUGCUAUAAGUGAUCUUUCUGGAAAGGCACGGCUGUUCUUGGUUCUUCCUGUGGCACUCUUGGAUGCUUUCUUCAUUAUUUGGAUAUUCACUUCUCUUUCCAAGACUUUGGAUAAACUUCAGGCAAGAAGAUUAAUGGUCAAGCUUGACAUAUACAGGAAGUUUACAAAUGCAUUGGCUGUGGCUGUUAUCGUAUCUGUUGGUUGGACUUGCUAUGAGCUCUACUUCAAGUCAAGUGAUGUGUUCAAUGAGCGAUGGCAGAGAGCUUGGAUAAUUCCUGCCUUCUGGCAAGUCCUCUCCUUUUCUCUUCUCUGCGUUAUUUGUGCUCUGUGGGCACCUUCUCAGAAUUCAAUGAGAUAUGCAUACUCUGAUGAUGCGAGCGAAGACUUUGACAGAGAGGAUACUCUAUCUUUAAUAAAGCCAGGGCCAAUUCCUCCAAAGGAUGGCCGGAGUUUUCCUGCUUCUCCGGAUACUAAAACCACAAUAAGCAUUAGCACGCCCAUCUCGCAUGAUGGCAUGGAGGUAGAAGACAAAAGGGAGUAGCUGUGUUAUCCUGCUACUCGUGAUAUUAUAUUCUAGAAAUAGUCUGUCCUUCUAUUCUGAUUAGUUUGUGCUAAUCGAGCAGGUAGCAGCAAUGGGAUUUUUCAUGUUUUAGAUGGACGGAAUAUAUAUUUAGAAAUAUAUGUGUACUAUUUAUUGUUUGUUGGGGAGAAACUAGUGUUGAGGAUAUCAUUUUUAUUUUACCUUCUUUAAUCUGUUAUACUUGUACUCUAUUGGUGGUAAUCUAUGCAGUUUUAUCAACAUCAUAUUUCACAGAAAUGAUAGAUUGACUUGUAUUGGUGAACUUAAAAGAACAUUUGCUGGAGUCCAGCCGCCAGAA